AUGCUUAUACAAGUUUUAUUCAAGCGGAGUAUGGAUGCCAGAGACGAUGAUGAACCUCCACCAGACCCGGCAGCCAGGAAACACCUUCACCAUGACUACACAGAACAAGAUUUUGAAGGUCACAGAGCGCACACAGUGUUCGUGGGCGUCCACGUGCCGACGAGGCGACAUUCCCACCGCAAACACAAACAUCACCAUCGCACUGAAAAAGACCCCGAGAAGCCUAUGACACCACCAGCGCAAAGAGUUCAAUUUAUACUCGGUGAAGAUGUCGACGACUCUACAAUGGUUUCCCAUCCACUAUUCUCAGAAAUGGAAGAACUAGUCAAAGAUGGAGAUGAACUGGAAUGGAAAGAAACGGCUAGGUGGAUUAAGUUUGAAGAAGACGUGGAAGAAGGUGGCAAUAGGUGGUCGAAGCCACACGUUGCUACUCUCUCGCUUCAUUCUCUAUUCGAGCUUAGAAGUCUUAUACUAAACGGAUCAGUAAUACUUGAUAUGGAAGCGAGUUCUUUAGAACAAGUCGCCGAGAACGUACUGGAUAGUAUGGUGAUGGACGGCUUUCUCGGGUAUGAUAAUAGGGAUAAAGUAAAGGACGCAUUACUAAGAAGGCACAGACAUCAGCACGAAAAACGAAAUCACAAUAACAUGUCCAGACUACCUCUAAUCAGGUCACUGGCUGAUAUAGGAAGAAAUCACUCAUCGUGUAAAAGUUUGCAGGACAAAGACCCUAGAGGCACACCAUCAAAGAGUUGUCGAGGCCCUGUGACUACUCCCCAAACAGCCCUCCUCCACGCGCGUGAUAUGAGAGGGUCUUAUCUAGCUGUUCCAGGUGCACCCCACGAAGAAGGUAUGAUAAAAAGUCCCAGCAGUGCAUCGAUUCAACAUCACGGUUCCAAUGAUUUCACUAUGAACGGUGAUAUAAACCAUAAAAGUAAUACUAAUUUCAUGCGCAAGAUUCCGCCAGGAGCUGAAGCUUCUAACAUUCUCGUCGGGGAAGUUGACUUCCUUGAAAAAACUCUAUCCGCAUUCGUUAGACUUAAGACGGGUACUAUUAUGGGCGACUUAACUGAAGUACCGGUGCCUACAAGGUUCAUGUUCGUUUUACUUGGACCGCCUAAUAGUAAUUCAAGCUUCCACGAAAUUGGAAGAGCAAUGGCAACGCUAAUGUCAGAUGAAAUCUUCCAUGAAGUUGCAUAUCGAGCAAAGAGGCGAGAUCAUCUUCUCGCUGGAAUUGAUGAAUUUCUGGAUGCUGUAACGGUAUUACCACCUGGCGAGUGGGAUCCCGCUAUAAGAAUCGAACCACCCGCUGCGAUUCCAUCACAAGACCCACGCAAACGUCCAAAUGACAACAAUAUAAAGGAAGAGCCUGACGAAGAGGAAGAGGAGCAAAGGCAAAGAGAAGAAUCAGGGUUAGCGAGAACAGGAAAGUUGUUUGGGGGUCUUAAAAACGAUCUCAAGAGAAAAAAACCCUGGUAUUGGUCAGAUUUCAAAGAUGCUUUAGCACUACAGUGUAUUGCCUCUUGGAUUUUCCUAUACUUUGCUUGUUUAUCACCUAUAAUUACAUUCGGUGGGUUGUUAGGAGAAGCAACUGGUAAAAAUAUGGCAGCAAUGGAAUCUUUAGUCAGUGGAUUCGUUUGUGGCAUGGGGUAUGGAUUCUUCUCUGGACAACCCUUGACUAUAUUAGGGUCCACUGGCCCAGUGUUAGUAUUUGAAACAAUCGUAUUUGAAUUUUGUAAGCAAGUCGGAUGGAACUACAUGUCAUUCAGGUUCUGCAUCGGAACCUGGACUGCUAUAAUUUUGUUAAUACUGGUAGCAAUCGACGCUAGCGCAUUGGUUUGCUACAUUACAAGAUUUACCGAAGAAAAUUUUGCAACAUUAAUAGCCUUUAUUUUUAUAUACAAGGCCGUGGAAAACGUUAUUUCGAUAGGUAAAAAGUUUCCUCUGAAGACACGCCCUGAUGAAAUUCUCAAUUACGAAUGCUACUGUUUACCAAGCAAUUACUCGAGAGUGCCGGAGCAAUUUAAUUGGACGGCCGUUGACAAGGAGUCGUGUAAAUUUUAUAAUGGAACCCUCGGUGGCGGCGGUUGCGACACAAAAGUAUACGUACCUGAUGUCUUUUUGAUGUCCAUUAUAUUAUUUCUCGGAACAUUUGCGAUUUCAAUUAUCUUGAAGGAUUUUAAGAAUUCUCUGUUUUUCCCUUCAAAGGUUCGUCAAAUAAUCAGCGAUUUCUCGGUCAUCAUUGCUAUUUUAUCCAUGUCCUUCUUGGAUUACAAGGUGGGCGUCAAAACACCUAAAUUGGAAGUACCGUCGGAAUUUAAGCCGACACUGCCCACCAGAAACUGGGUUAUCACUCCGUUCAGCGGAAAUCCAAUUUGGUCGGCCCUUGUGGCAAUUCUCCCAGCGUUAUUGGGUACUAUUUUGAUAUUUAUGGAUCAACAGAUAACUGCAGUUAUCGUGAACCGCAAAGAGAAUAAACUGAAGAAGGGUUGUGGAUAUCAUUUGGACCUAUUUGUUUUAGCCAUUCUGAUACAGAUCUGUUCUAUAAUGGGUCUGCCUUGGUUCGUAGCUGCUACCGUUCUCAGCAUAAACCACGUGAAUUCCUUGAAGGUGGAAUCAGAAUGUGCCGCACCUGGAGAGAAACCACAGUUCUUAGGAGUCAGAGAACAGAGAGUAACUCACAUACUCAUCUUUAUCACUAUAGGAUGUUCAGUACUUUUGACACCAGUUUUAAGGCAUAUUCCAAUGCCUGUGUUGUUUGGAGUUUUCCUUUAUAUGGGAGCCGCAUCUUUGAAAGGCCUUCAAUUCUUCGAUCGGAUAUUGAUAAUGUUUAUGCCUCAGAAGUAUCAACCCGAUCACAUGUUCCUACGACAGGUUCCAAUCAGAAGAGUACACGUAUUCACAGCUAUACAAUUGACUUGUCUUGUCUGUUUAUGGGUAAUCAAGUCGUUUUCAUCAACAUCAAUUCUCUUCCCUCUCAUGUUGGUGGUGAUGAUAGGUAUUAGGAAGUCUCUAGACCUAUUCUUCACUAGACGAGAGUUGAAGAUCCUGGAUGACGUCAUGCCGGAAAUCACCAAGCGAAGCCAAGACGAGUUACGCGAACUCGGCGAUGGCGAGGAUACCACAAAAAGCAACCCGCCCGAAUACCAAGAGAACCUACAAAUACCCCUUAUCAACGGCAACAUAAUGAACAUACCGCUGGCAUCGAUAAAUAUUUCCGAAGAGAUGAAUAAAACUGGCAUUUGGAAACAAGUUAACAACAGCAAUAAUAAAGCAUAUGAUGAACCGAGGGAAUUCAAAGCAAAACCUGGGAAAAAGACAAACAGACACAAAAAGCUAAUGUCGAAAAACGUCCAAUCGGAGGUAGAGAGACGCCUUUCUACGAUGGACGAGAUCGAGGAAGAUGACUCAAUGAAGAGCGAACUCCUAAAGCGUAAAGACUCAUGGAGUAUAUCUAAAGACGAGUGCAAGAAAAACGGAGUAUCAGCGGAGACAUCGGUCUAA